CAAUCGUCAAAACCUCCAAAACCCCGUGUCGACAACCCCCGACGUGUCACCCCUACCCCACCUCCAAUGAAUCCACCGAAAGUGCAAUAACCCCACUGCGAUUGUGAUCAGUAAAUGCGUUGGAACUUCGCGAAAAAAUCAAGAAAGAAUGUCGAACAGUGUUGACCCCCUGCCCCGGCCAAAAGUGAGGUUCACCCACUCCCCGGAGGGCUCCAACUCCCCCGGACCCUUCCAAGGUCCCAGAAUCCGGGAAAUCGUGACUCUAAAGCACCCAGUGAAACUAGUCCCCCUCCCCCCGGCCGAAAACCCAACCCCCGACCCUGAGACCGUUGUUCCAAGCCUCCAAAAACCCCCUUCAAACCCGAAACCCUCAGUGCCCCCUCCCCAGCCCCAAGUCCCCCCGAUCAAGGUGAAAAAAAAAUCCCCAGCAGUCCCCUCAUCCUCGGAAGACUCCAGAAGACCCAAAAAAUCCUCUCACGACUUGGAGUAUCUCCAGAAAAAAUUGGAGGAGCUCAAAACGUCAGAUAAACCCAGGCAAAGAAUUCCUUCGACUUCAAAAGACUCGAAAAAGCCCCCGGAUGCGAAGAAAAAUGUGAAAUUCACCGAAAAAAUUCCAUCGAAAUCGAUUCUCAGGUCUAAAAAUACUCCAGCUAGUCAGACUAGACCUGGAAACCCCCCGGGGCCUGACGGAAAAACCGAGAACAAAGAAAAUCUGAAUAAAAAAGAGCCGAAUUCUGCUGAGGGAAAGGCUGUCGUUAAAAAAUCAAAAAUUGUUCAGAAGAGGGAGAGCGUUCGUUCUGGCGUGUUGAGUGGACCUUCGGCGGGUGCUGGAGGGGGUAAGGGUGGAGGAUGCCCUCGGAGGGGCCCCACAACUGCUGGAGGAAGGGAUUUGGGACUGAUGCCGUGCAUGAAGGGGAGGAAAGUUGCGGAAACUAAGAGAAAUGAAGUCAAUGUUUUGAGGCAUGUGGCGAGGCCCAUUCCCAGGGUCUUCGUGGGGCCCGGGGUGCCGCACGAUCGGGGGAGUGGGGGGGAGGGGCCUGAGGAGGGCCAGAUGAGGGUCGAUGGAGCCACUGGAGAUCUGCUGAGUCGACCCGAAUACAAUUCCAUCGUCUGCACGAUCAAAAAAUUGGAGAAAGUGAGGAAGAAAAAAGUUGUGGAAAAUUUCGAGAGCCUCCCUGGGGUUUAUAAGGAUCUUGUGAAUGGAAAGAUAUCAUCGGCCCUGGACUUUCCCGCCUUCGAAUCAGUCUACCACGACCUAGUGGACAUAAGCAUAGACGAGAAACAAUUGCCCAUGAGAUUAACAAGAAGCAGAGAUCCAGAGCCUCGACCCAAAGACUUCAUCCCAAAUCUCUCCGAUUUUUUCGUCCCUCAGUAUCCAAAGGAGUAUUCAGUGGCUGUUAAAAUCAGGCCCAGAACCCCAGAAAUCAUCGACAACUGGAGUGGAUUCAGUAUUAGUGAUAAAAUAAACGCUUGGAAAAUGACUCUGGAUGAGCCAUCGAUCUAAAUCAACGGGAGUGGACGAAAAUUCCUAGUUUUUACUUAAAUUCAUUCACUAAUUUUCCUAAAGAUCUUCCACGUGCAUUCCCCAUUCACUCCAAUAAUUGCACCAAAUUUUUGACUGACAAAAGUGAGUGACAAAACAUUUUUGACCUGACAAUAUCCAAUGAUUAAUCUUUCCUAUAGUUCUAUUAUAUUUUUUAAUCUGUACAUUUUUUAACACAUUUUCAUACGAAUUGAAUAAUAAAUCUACCUAAUUACUCAUACAAUAUAAUAAAUAUUUACA